AGUUUGUAGGCUGUUUUAUCAGCUGUUUUGAUCAGAGGACAGAAAUGGCUUGGGUAGCUGCCGGCUCGGUAAUGGUGUCAGACUGGCACCGAAGCCCUGAAAGCCGGGAAUAUUUUAGCAAGAUACUGCAUAAGAAAAAGCGGAGAAAGUUUGGUCUUUUGGAAGCACCAGUGAUGCCUCCACAUUUGAAAGCAGACAUAGUUCGCUAUAAAGUGUUCCUGUCAGGUAAAAGUGGAGUGGGAAAAACGACACUAGCUGCUCGACUUGCUGGUCUAGACAUGCCCAACAUACACUAUGAAACCACAGGCAUGGAGACGUGUGCAGUGUUUUGGCCUGUGAAGCUGAGGGAGAGUGGCCGCAUCCUUUUCUUUCACUUUCAUCUAUGGGACUGCGGCGAGAACGCCACACGCAGAUUCGACCACAUGCUGCCGUCCUGUAAAGAACAUGCGGAUGCCAUUCUCUUCCUAUUCUCCUUCACUGACCGUGGAUCUUUUGAGGAUCUUUCCAGUCAAAUGUCUCGGAUCACAGAGCCAUCAGACAGACUUGUCAGAUUGGUGGUUGGGACCAAAUUUGACUUGUUUAUGCACACAGAUGUAACAGAGAGAGACAUCACACGCUUUCAGGAGGUGUUGGGUGUGCCAGUGUUUCGCGUCGGAGGCGAUGUGAGCGGAGGCUUUGGUGAAAUCGCACCCCUUUUAAAUGCCUUGGCCGAAAACUUGUGGCACCAGGACUGUAUGCACACCUCCACUUCAGUGCCAACAGUGCCAUCUAAUUCGGGACACAUUGGCCCAGAAAUCAUCGUAUAAGCUCACAUUUUAACAGCACCCGGACUUUGUAUGAAUUCAAAUCACAGUUAAAAGGACCUUUAUUAUAUUAUUAUAUACUGUACCUCAUUCCUGUAUGUUUUCCACUAGUCUAAAAUUAAAAGUUUGUCAAGUGUAGUAGAAUCAUAGAAUUCAGUAACAGCUUUAUCACAGUCACAGUGGACCUGGAGCCUAUGCUAGAAACCCUGGGCAUGAGAUGGCAAUAUACCCUGGGUGCAACACCAAUCUAUCAAAUGGCACCAUGCACACACAUUCACACCUAAUUACUGUAGCCCAUAGCCACAAUCGGCUAUAUUUUGCGAAGAUGGAAGAAACUGGAAGACACAGAGAAUAUUCAAAGCUUCACAGACAGUAAAGAAAAAAUUGGGAAGCAUGAACCUCUAACACUGCCUGCUGUACCACUGUGCCCUCCUUAAGUAAUAUAUUUUGACACAUAACUGCUAGACCAUUCUUAGUGGAAAGCUGGAAGCUAGAAUUACCAUAUUUUUUUGACCUACAUGUGCUCAAACUACAAAGUAGGAAACAGACACAAUCUAUCUAGUUAAUGUUAGUGAUAUGUGUGAUGUAUUCCAUUCUUAAAACAGUGAACUGUAUAGUCUUCUAGAUUUAACAAACAAAUGUAUCUGUCUGUUGAUUGUUCUAAAGCAAACAGUAGUAUGUACAGUAUUCUUUGUUAAAAGUAAAGUAUUACUAGUUGAUGCUGUGAGCAGUCAGGUUGAUUUGAUGUCGUGCUGAACUACAGAUUUACAUGACCAUCAUGACUUGAUUUCUUUGUUUCCUAGUCAGAAUUUAAAGAUGCAAUUCAAUUAUGGUUGAUGAUAAAAGUUGACAGUGCAAUUAAUUUUUUAAUGAAUUAAAAAAAAAAAAAACUACCUCAACUUAUUCUGAAAAUUAUUGAUGAAUGG